AUGCUGAUAGAAAGAGAGAGAAUACUUAGGCUUUUGUUGGGACUUGAGUUCAGGCAAGGAUGACGCGUGUAUUUUCAAUACUUUCUCGUCAUUGUACCAACCACAAACGUCAAACAGCUGAGCGAGGUGACUGACUCGCCGUUGUGAGGCUUGCUCUUCUUUCCUAUCCAAAAUUUUGAAACUAAAUUCAGUGAAAUAGUGGUUUCAAUAGUUGCUGCUCAACGUACAGAAUAGUAAUCAUCAAUCAUGAGUGAGCUGAGUCAAGAAGAGAUUCGGAGACGUCGCCUUGCGCGCCUGGCCGCGCUCAGUGGCGCAGGCUCUGCGCCGUCCCCAGCGAGCCCCCCGGUCACACCAGGCGCGUCGAUGCCCUCGCCAGAUCUGCAGACCUCCUCACAAGCUCGCUUCUCCCCCGCACCAGUUCCUCGUAGCUCCACAGAACCCUCCACCCCUGAAGUUGCCAACACAAACAAAGAACCAAACUAUUCAGAAGGAGUAAAAAGUGAAGUAGAUGACCAGUCAAAGAUACCAGCGGAUGGACUCAUUGUCACGGAAAAGGCAGAGAACAAUUUGCUAGAUGAAAUGCCUGAUACCAAAAUGACAGAUCUGUCACAAACAAGACAGUACAACAGUUUUGACUCUAUGGGUGAAGAUACAUUGUUGAGUUGUGGCUCCGUGAGAGUAGCCAGUUUACCACAGUCCACAGUGGGAGGCUCAGAAGGGGCAUCAACUAGAGAGGACAGCACUUCACGGUCUAUAUCUCCAGCACAGUUCGCAGAACCGUCCCCAGUGCGGCCUCGGCCAAGUAAUGCCUCACCCAGUUGCUCGCGACGGUCACUCUCCAUGGAAGUUGAUGAUGUGUCAGAGAGGAAUUCACAAUCAGAACCACAGCAGGAACCAAUGGAGUGUGUGCCUGAGGAUGUACGUCGUUGCCGAGGCAGGCCUAUGAAGCGCAGGCGUGGUGACGACGACUUUCCCAAAAAUUUACAGGUGGAUGACAACGAUAACACGACAGCAUCCCCGGCUCGCAAAAUCCACCGGUCUCGCACAGUGAGCUGCACUGAGCUAACUGAGGAACAACUGAGAAACAUCGUCGCCAAGAUUCUACAGGUGUCCUGGUCAGAAGAUAGUGCAGGUGGUAUAUUUGUGCCGUCGGUGGCAGCGUCACUCCUUGAUAACCCUAAACUAAGUUUAGAUGAAUUAGCAUCAGAGGCUUUGAUGGACGUUAUAACUCAAAUAGCGGAUGGUUCAGAUCCACUAAACCAGAAACUAAUUGCGAUUACCGAAACUACAAAGAGGCCUAGUGAAGAUUGUGGGGACGAUAUGUUAACUAGUGGCCCACUCGGCUCGGAGACAGAGGUUGAUAAAUCAGAUUGUCCUGCACCGUCGCUGCCCUUACCUAAGACAAUACCCACACAGGGUCUAGCAGUUAGCUACAUCGUACGAUUCUACACGAAUAUCAAUUCAUAUGAACGAGAACACUCAAAGAAGAGUUCCGAGCCGCCGUUGAGCGACUUGCUUCAGAGUUUGAGAACGUUACUAGUGAACCACCUAGUGCUAGUGCUGCAGGGCAAAUUCGAACUUGAGAAGUGCAGGAAGUCCGCACUUUUGCCUUACAUGCUGGUCGUGUCCCCGCCGACCGGGCUCAUACCCGAGCUGCUGCUCGCUACAUAUAACGACAAGGAAGUAUUUGAAGAGGUGUUCACGCCGCUGGUGAUGGGCAUCCGCGAGGAGAUGCGUCGCGCGGUGUCGCCGCUGGGCGGGCGCGGCGCGUGCGGCGGCGGCGCGGCGCUGCGGGCGCUGCGCGCGCUGUGCGAGCUGCGCGCGGGGCCGCGGCACGCGCGCCGCCCGCUGGCCGAGCUGCUGGCGCGCCUGCCCAGCCUGUGCCCCGAUCCCGUCACCACCGCCGUCGGACGGGAGAUCGCGCGCGUCAGCUUCCUUGGACCCUUCUUUGCGAUAUCGCUAUUCGCGGAAGAGAACCCGCGCUUGGCGGAGCGGCUGUUCGCGACGGGGUCGGGCGACCGCAGCCUGGCGUUCGCCCUGCAGCGCGAGGUGGAGGCGAGCCGCAACACGCUGCACAACAUCUGCCACAACAUCCUGCUGUGCCCCGACGCGCGCGAGCCGCUGCUCAACUACUUCGCCGCGCUGCUGCAGCGCAACGAGCGCAGGGCGCAGCUGCAGACCGACGAGAGAUCUCUGGCCGGCGACGGCUUCAUGUUGAACGUAUGCUCGGUGCUACAACUGCUGUCAGUUCGCAUCAAGUUGGAGCGGGUCUACCCUCUGUAUACGUUCCAGCCCGACUCCUGGGUCAACGUGCGCGAUGAAACCCGCCUUUAUUUCACCGCUCAAGAGGCUCAGGACUGGCUGGAUUCGCUCAAUAAGGACCCGUCUCACAAGUGGCCCGAAGCUAAGUUCCAGACUGUGUGCUGGUUCCUCACACUGCAUAUGCACCACGUGGCGCUCAUUCCCGCGCUGCACACGCAUCAGCGCCGCAUUCGUGCAUUCCGUGAUCUCCAAAAAGUGAUAGAAGAGUUGAUGGCGGCCGAGCCGCAGUGGCGCAACAGCUUCUCAGCGCUGCGUAACCGCGAGUUACUGCGCAGGUGGCGCCGGCAGAUUAAAAGGCUACACAGGUCAAAACAGUGCGCAGAAACAGCCCUCCUAGAAGGCGAGCUGAUGCGUCGCAGCCUGCAGUUCUACGCCUCAGCCUGCGCCCUGCUCACGCAGCAGCUCGACGCGGCCCGCGCGGGCGGAGCCCUCGCCGACGCCUUCGCUGCCACCCCGGAGUGGUACGUCGAGGAUAUCGCAGAGUUCAUGCUGUUUGCUGUGCAAUACGUGCCACAAAUCGUAGCCGACUACAUUGAAGACCCGAUCAUAACGUGGCUUCUAAGCGCCAUAUGCCACUCGCGGCUCUUCAAAAACCCCUACUUAGUCGCGAAGAUCGUGGAAGUACUCUUCGUGAUCAACCUAUCCGUGCCACUGAAGCUGAAAAAUGUAUACGAGAAGUUCAUGGACCAUCCGAUGUCCCAAACGGCUUUGCCAAGCGCUCUCAUGAAGUUCUACACAGACAUAGAAACUACUGGACAGAGCACUGAGUUCUACGACAAGUUUACCAUUCGAUUCCAUAUCAGUAUCAUCUUGAAAGGCAUGUGGGAGCGACCUAUUCAUAAACAGGCCAUAGUGAAGGAGUCUCGCUCCGGCCGCCAGUUCGUCAAGUUCAUCAACAUGCUGAUGAACGAUACCACAUUCCUUCUCGACGAAUGUCUCACGUACCUGAAGCGCAUCCACGAGGCGCAGGAGGGUGCGAGCGGCGCGGCGGGCAGCGCCGACGCACGAGCUCGAGCGCUGGCGCAGGACGAGCGACAGUGCCGCUCAUACCUCACGCUCGCCAGGGAAACCGUGGACAUGCUGGAGUAUCUGACCGUGGAGAUCAAGGAGCCGUUCCUCCGUGCUGAGCUGGUGGACCGGCUCGCGUCCAUGCUUAACUUCAACCUGCAGCAGCUUUGCGGACCUAAGUGCAAAAACCUUAAGGUCCGUCGGCCUGAGAAGUACGGCUGGGAGCCGCGGCGGCUGCUGAGCCAGCUGGUGGACAUCUACCUGCAUCUCGACUCCCCACAGUUCCACGCCGCGCUCGCCGCUGAUGAGAGAUCAUUCCGCAAAGAAUUGUUCGAAGAGGCAGCCGUGCGGCUCGCUAAGUCCUGCAUCAAGACCACGACGGAAAUAGAGCGCUUCAAGGCGCUCGCUGACAAUGCAUAUCAAAUUGCAAUAUCCAAUCAACAGAAAAGCGACGAAUUUGCUGACGCUCCCGAAGAGUUCAGAGAUCCGCUUAUGGACACACUCAUGACUGACCCAGUUUUAUUGCCCUCUGGGAAGAUAAUGGACCGAUCGGUGAUCUUGCGUCACUUAUUGAAUAGCGCCACUGACCCCUUCAACCGACAACCACUUUCUGAAGACCAACUACGUCCAGCAACUGAGCUCAAAGAGAAGAUCAACCAAUGGCAGCGCGAAAAGAAAGCGUCGACGUCGUAAUCGUCCGAGGCCAACACUAAAGUCUGAUGUAUAUAACGUAACCCGUAUAUAAAGACUACCGGACGGAUUUUUCCGCCUUUGACGGACUAUUGUCCGUAUGCAUGAAUGUGAGAUUAUUCCAUGUAUGUUAUUCAGUGCGAAUGUUUCGGGAAGCAGAAACUGCGAGUAAUUGUAACGUUUUUGACCGAACCGAUCAUUUUCAAUUUAUGUACAGGUGUUAAUUUAACCUUUGUUUGUUUUGUGUGGUCACAAAAUUCUUCCAUUAGUAUUAUCGAUUGUGAGAAGAACUAAUUUUUAACUUACCACUACUAAAUUUGUAUAUUUUUUUAGUUAAAUUAAAGCUGAAGUUGGCAUCUAUUUUUAGCUUUAACACGACGCACGUGAGUCUCGAAAUUAAUAUUAUAACAUAAACUUUUAUUGAAAUCUAAUGUUAAAAUAAAAAACUUAAAUUAACAUCUGUAUCUUCACUUAACCUAUGGAGUUUGGCGUUGUGGAACGCUAAAUACGAAUGCUUGAUUGGAAUGAACAUCACAUGUAUAUAAAGGCCUAAAUGCUACGAUGCAAGGAACAUGACAAUGAUUUGGAGUAAGCUAGGUGCUUUCGUCUCGACCCCAAUACUGGCUAUGAUAUAUGAGCACAACUUACGAGUAUUUAGUGUGAAACAUAAGCUGGACGUCGUCAUGCAUUUUAUAGGACAUCUCUGUUAUGAAACGUGAGCAAGUAAUUUCGAUCUUAGAUUUGUUAGUCCUGCAUUAGUUUAACUAAUGGUUAUACAUUAGGUUAUAAAUAUAUAAACAUAUAGGAAUUGUAUGGAAUGUUGAAGACUUCUUAUUUUUGUGCAAAAUGAAAAUUAGAAAAAUGUAUUUAAUUAUAUUAUGGAUUUGAUUACUAUUUGAUUAUAGUGAUAUUAUGUUUAGUCUUUGUUAGCAAACAUGAUUUUUGUAUUAUUGUUUAAUACAUUGUGAUUUGUUCCUUUAUAACAUUAGUUAUGAUUUGAAAUGGAUUUUCACUUGAGAAUUAGGUAAUAGUAUUCAUUAUAAUAUCAUUAGCAUAAUUCAAUUAAUAGUAUAAUUAGAAUCAAAAUCGGCCUGUUGUUAUCCGACAGGUAGGGGCUCUUGCCGACGUAAUGUCCAUUCGGCUAAGUAUCUGUACUUGAAACAUGCAUAAUAUGUUUCCACAGAGUCAGUACACCACUCGUGUUAUUGACACUGUGCAAUAGCAACACUUUGCUGUCUAUAGUAUGUUUGUUACAUGUAUCUCAAGUUUAUCAUAUUUCUCCAGUCACUGCCAAUAUAUUCAAUGUAGAUUUAGAGCAGGCAUUCCUGAAUGAAAUCCAUUUCUUAAAAUUACAUGGUCUCACUUGUAUAAUAAUUUGACUUGUAAUUUACCAUUAUAUUAUGAAGAUUCUAUAUUAUAGAGGUCUCCUACGUUGAUAAUAUCAAUAAAAUUCAAUAAAUGGAAA